AUGACCACCAAAACCCAAAUCAAACUGAAAGGCGAGGUCGGCUGGGAGGCUAUCUUCAACUAUGACAACACCGGCAACACUGGAGAAAUCGUUCAGACCUGGGAGGUGAAAAUCCUCCGAAAGUCGGUUCGCAGCUCGUUUGCCCAGGAAGUAUCAAGCACGACGAGAAAAACCUUGGAGGAGAGCGGCCAGUCAGUUGGAACUGGAUUCUCCUAUGCCGGUGUUUCGGCUUCAGUGUCCUCGUCUUGGGAGUAUUCACAAGAGAUCACCGAAAUGCUCGAGAACACGACGAGUGCAUCGAGCGAAGAUACCUACGUUUACGAGAAGAUAGAGACACGAUCUUACACAAUUGGCCCUGGCGGAAAGCUUAAGCUCUUCCAGAAGUACUUCAAAGCGCCAGGAAUGAAGGCCCUAUUCGAUCGUUUUACGACUAGCUUGGAGGAGGGAGAAGAAAAGCAGGAGAUUGACAUCGAUGUUGAAGUUGAGGCUAUCGAGUUCAUCAAGGAUAUCAAGGUCGUUUAUACGGACAACGCGACUGGCGCCCCGAACCUGCAUAUCCGUGAGAUCGAGAACGGCAAUUCCGACGUCAAUGCUGGCUUCGGUGGAAAAUAUGUCUGGCUCGUUGAAGAUUACAGCAUGAACACUGAGGAGGUGAUGACGAGCGUGGACUUCGUCCGCCAGUCAAGCAGCGACGACAAGCACUCCGACCUGGCUGCUGGCGCGGGCGGUGACUUCCGGUACCUCAUCCCCGUGUACGACGGCAAGAAGGACGACAAGAUCAGUGAGUUGGGCCUCCUCCGCUCCAAGGGCAAGGUUCCUCUUGAGGCGGUCAAAGAAAAGGGCUGGGAAGGCAUGACCACGGAUAUCAACGCUGACCGCGAUGGUGACUAUCUCGACUUGCUCUGGAAGACGCGCCAUGCCUACUAG